AUGUUCCGUUGCAUCAGACUGCCAUUCGGACUUUGUAACGCCCCAGAUAUCUUCCAAGAAGUGCUUCAGCGAAAGAUUCUGGGGGACUGUAAAGGCGUUAAAAACUAUCUUGAUGAUAUUUUGAUAUUCGGAGAGACCAAAGAGGAACACGACUUAAACUUAGCUACAGUAUUGGAUCGUCUUAGAGAACAUGGAGUGGAAAUCAACAAGACGAAGUGCGUGUUUCAGAGCCAGAGACUGCGGUUUUUAGGUUUCAUUUUGACCCCUGAUGGUUGGCAAAUCGAGGAGGAGAAAUUGAGUGCCAUCAGGGAUUUCCGUAAGCCAGUAAACUGUUCAGAGGUGAAGAGCUUCCUGGGGCUAAUCACCUUCGUUGACCGUUUUCUGUUACACCGUGCUACGGAGACAGAGCACUUACGAACGUUGGCUAGUGCCGAAAAGUUCUAUUGGACAUACAAAGAGGAAACGGAGUUUGCAACCCUACAAAAGGAAACGUUGAAUCGGAUCAAGACUUUAGGAUUUUUCAGUACAACGGACAGAACGGAAUUGUUUGUAGAUGCGUCACCUGUUGGCUUGGGAGCUUUUCUAGCUCAGUUCAACAACGCAAACAUCCCAAGAAUUAUCGCGUGUGCUUCCAAAAGUCUCACAUCAACGGAGCAAAGAUAUCCUCAAACGCACAGAGAGGCCUUGGCGGUAGUUUGGGGAGUAGAGCGAUUUUCGUUUUACCUAACGGGCCGAUCAUUUACAGUGAGGACGGAUGCAACUGCGAACGAAUUCAUCUAUAACUGCCAACAUAGAAUAGGGAAGAGAGCUGUCUCGCGAGCCGAGGCGUGGGCACUGAGACUGCAACCGUACGAUUUUACAAUUAAAAGAGUUGCUAGUGAGGAUAACGUCGCGGAUGCCUUGUCGCGCUUGAUUCAGUGUUCUCAGGAGGCAGAGCCGUUUGAAGCUGAAAAUGAGAAUCAUCUUUUGUACGCUCUGGACGGGGGCAUGAAUAUCACGCUGGACGAAAUUGAAAAACAUUCGGAGACAGACGCGGAAAUGCAAAACCUAUGUUUGGCCUUGAUGUUCGACAAGUGGCCACAGAGCUUGCGGCGAUACGAGUGUCAGAAAAAGGAUCUACACAACCUCGGUUCCCUAAUCUUCAAAAGCGAUACAAUCGUACUCCCAAAAUCAUUGCGCGAAAAAGCUCUGCAUUCGGCGCAUGGUGGUCACGUUGGGGAAGUUGCCGUGAAGAGGAUCAUGCGAGAAUUUUUCUGGUGGCCAGGAAUGUCAUCGGACACGGAGAGUUUCGUUAAAAAAUGUGAAACCUGUGCAUUGUUGGCUAGGAAAAAUCCUCCAAUCCCGCUUUCAUCCCGUGAAUUGCCAGAUGGCCCGUUGGAGAUCCUUCAAAUAGAUUUCCUUACAGUAACUGGGUUUGGUUCAGAAAAGUUUUUGGUUGUCGUGGAUACGUACUCACGAUUCCUGUACGUCAUCGAAAUGCAUCACUUGAACGCUGAAAGUACGAAUGCGGCCCUUUGCGAUAUUUUUAAACUUUGGGGCUGUCCAAAGAUUUUACAGAGCGACAAUGGCCCACCGUUCCAGAGUUCGAAUUUCUGUAACUUUUGGGAGGAGAAGGGCGUCAGAGUAAGAAAAGCUAUUCCAUUAAGUCCGCAGUCAAACGGAGUAGUAGAGCGGCAAAAUCAAGGGAUUAUUAAGGUCCUGGCGGCUUCUCGGAUAGAAGGAAUUAAUUGGCGAACUGCUCUUCAACGAUUCGUGCAUAAUCACAACACUCUUGUGCCCCAUGCUAGACUAAAAGCGACACCAUUCGAGCUAUUGGUGGGGUGGAAGUUUCGUGGCACCUUUCCAAGCCUAUGGAAGGAGGAUAAAGAAAAGGAAUUGGAUCGCAUAGAUCUGAAAGAGAGGGAUUCGGAGGCUAAGCUCGUCAGCAAAAAGCAUGCAGACAUGAUCAGAGGAGCGAAGGAGUCAGACAUAAAAAUUGGAGAUGUAGUUCUUCUGCAUCAACAACGAAGAUCGAAAACCGACUCUUCAUUUUCAUCGGAACGCUAUACAGUUAUAGCCAGGCAAGGAGCAAAAGUUGUAGUAAUGAGCGGGAACGGUAUUCAGUACGCUCGAAACGUCCACGACAUAAAACUGGCCCCUUGUACAGAGGAAAUGGACCCGAAGGGCAGUGGGCCACACAGUGCUAUCCAGAAUGAUUCAACACCAACUCGGUCACAGAUGGGAAUGACGGACAUUCCAGAAGAUAUGGGUUCUCAGCCAAUUGAGCGAAAUCUUCGUUCUAGAGGUGGACUAAAUAAACCGUCGAGCCGACUGCUUCCACUAAUUACGCCGGCUGCUUCCACUGAUCCGCUGGAGGAAUCCUUACCGAUGCAACGCAUGCCGAUGCCGGAUCCCGAUGUUUAUGUUUAA